AUGAAGUUCGUUCGCCGCCGCCACCGUGAUCUGCCGAAAAUCGACAGCCUAAUCAAGCUGCCCGACGACGUGCUGCUCAACAUCCUCGAGAGGGUGGGCACCCUCGACGCCGUCAGGACCUGCGUCGUCUCCAAGCGAACGCUCAACCUGCCCACCUUGCUCUCGCAGAUCGUGAUCGUCCCCAGCGCCCGGGAUCUACGCUGGAAGAACCGCCAGGUGGUCGACAUGACCGAAAAGAUCCUCAGCACGAGGUCUCCGCAGAUACCCAUACGCAAUCUCAAGCUCAGGUUCAUCAUGAGAGGCGACGACCAUCUCAGGAUCGGCAGGUCCGUCGCCCUCGCCAUGGCGACCCAGAAGAUCGACGCCGCCGAGUUCGAGAUCCUCGCAAAGAGGCAGCACAAUGAUUACAGCCAUGACGACCUCCUCUCCUUCGCCAAGCUGUUCAAUGAUUUUAUCAGCGAGUGCCCGGCCGCAUUCGCCGGUCUCACGCGGCUGCAUCUGCACAACCUCAGGUUUGGCGAGUCCGACGUACCCACCAUUCUUCGCACUUGCACGCGGUUGGAGUCGUUGUGCUUCUUCCAGUGUGACGCAGGGGAGAGAUCAAUGUUGACUCUACACCAUGCUCGACUUGCCGAGCUUGACAUUACCUCUGGGAAAUUCUUAGUGAUAAGGCUUGGACGCCUACCCAACCUUCAACGUAUGAGUUAUAAAAAUUGGCACUAUGAUGAUCAUUGCCCCAUAUCUCUGGGUUUUGUCCCUAAGCUCUCGAACCUAGAUCUCUCUCGUGGAUAUGCUGUAGACAGGGCCCUCGACCUAAGCAAGACGCUUGUUAAGGCUCCCCCGAUAAGCGAUCUCCACCUCGAUUUUCAAAGUGAAAAGAUUUGGAUUCGACCAGAAUGCCCAAAAGUGCUCGCUCCUCUGCUGAGCCAACUACGGCUUGUGAAUUUGGACAAUCUCCCUGAGGAAUGUGACAUCGCUUGGACGAUGUUCCUUCUCGAAGCUGCACCAUCCAUUGAGGAGCUUUCCAUCACAGUAUGGGGUCAUAAGUGCCAAAGGAAGUCGCAAAUAAGUUACUCUAAUAGCAUGGCUGUGAAGUGGGAGCCAUCUACUCCUGAUUUUAAGCACAUGUUUUUGGCCAGGCUAAAUAUCUACGGAUUCCAGUCCAACGACAACUUCAUGGGAUACGUUAGGCGCGUCGUUCAAGCUGCGGUGAACAUCAAGGAGGUAUCUUUGCACGACAGGAAGGUGUGCAAGGUCUGCAUUGACAAGUUUUUACCUCACCGACUCGGGGUUCGUCCUUUGAGUUAUCCACAAACCAGCAAGGAGAAGGAUUCAUCGAGGAAGAAGAUCACAGAGGCGUCGGUGAUGGCUUCGCCUUUUAUUCACUUCCACUCGUUAUUAGCAUCACCAUGAUCUAUCCACUUUGUAUCUGGAAGUAGUUCUUGAAUGUAGUAGCUAUUUGGUGUGUGCUCUAUUGGUUUCUCCUGUGCUGAAGCUUGUAUCAUUCCUAAACUUACUAGCUUGUAACAUUCCUAAACUUACUAGGCCAUAUGCAGUUUACUUCUUUGGAAUCGCUAUUUACUACACUCCUUAUAUCCCAAUAUUCACUUAUUCGUAUGAAUAAUGUUUUGUUAUUUUUUGAUAUUUUUCUAAACUUAAUCUAAGAUCCGUAUCACCGUUUGUCAUGGAGGUACCGAAAACAGCUUAGAGAAACUUUGCUGACAAUGACAACAUUGCUGGAAGAAGAAAAUGCGUGUGUAGUGUCUGGGGCCAGCUCUGGCGCGGUGGUGGAUCCCAACUCAGUCCGCACGAACGUCGCCAGCCAGGCGAUGACACGGUGCUUCCUCGGGGCACUCGGGCUUGUUGGAGCUCCAUGGAGAACGACUCUACAAUGCUUUAGAUUUGCAACGAUCGAUGUCUGAACUUUAUAGUGACAUUGAUUGAGGUGAAGAGAGGCAAAUUCGGUUAAUAAUAGGCGUCGGCCUCCCGAUCAUGCCCACAGAUCAGUCCUACGAGAACCCGUCCAGUUCACAUAAACAUAGCCGUUCAAUUGGAUCUGGUCCUCAUGCUCGUAUUCUCUCUUGCCCGUCUCUUACAAUAAUAACUAUGCUCUUCGCGCACUGCUCCCUGCAUGGCCCACGUUGGCCCAGUCGUAGCUCUGCCCCGUGCUCUCAAGUACCUAGGCGUCUGACCUUAGUUAUACCUUCCAAUGAUGGUGUAUUUGCAUCAUUAUCUUGUUAAAUAUAUUGUUUGGAAUUUGUUCGGACUUGA